UCCCAAACAACAAAUCAACCUCAUUCUUCACCUGCCAUCACCUGCUUUUGACGUAAAGGUUCGUCGGCAUUGUCCUUUUUUAUUCUCGGUCCUUCCUCUUGAGGACAUCAUCUCCUAGAAAUCUCCUGUUCCAUCGUCAACCCAAGCAUCUCGCUAACACGUCUACCCCUCACUACAGCAGGCCAAGCUAUCAAGUCGAUCUCACAGAUCAAUCAUAUACACAACCAACAACCAUCAUGUCGGAACCACUCAGCAAGGUCGAUUCCGCCGUCCAAGGCUUGUCAAGCUCACCAAAGGAGGAGCACCCAGUCAAGAAGGCUGGCCGACGACAAAGCUCCAUCUCACCUGAUGUGAUGAACAUCGCCGACCUCGAGGCUCAAGGCAUUGAGCUCGAGCUUGCUCCCGAGACCCAGAAGACUGGAUGGAAGAUCAACACAAGUCCCAACACUGUUGAGGACCCCGCACUCCUCAAGCUGCCUCUAUCAAAACCUCUCAUCCGGAAGAUCGACCUCCACUUCCCCCUAGGGAAGGAAGUAACAGCCCGAAACCUAAAGGGUGUAACAAUCAAGGAUGCCCUUGAUGCCAUCCACAAGGCAUACAAGAAGAGAUCUGAUGAUGAACUCGACCAACCCUACCUCGCUGGCUUCGAGUGGGACAAGGAAGAGUCAUGGACCCGACUUGUUGUGCAUCUCCAGGCCCAGCCCUCAAGCACAGGCGGCGGCCACUCUGGCGGCAAGAAGAAGAAGAACAAGAAGAACGAGGAAUAAGUGACUCGACGCCACCCUGAUAUCUGUUCCAAUAGUUCCCUUCAUUCUUGUUCGUUUCGCUGGUUUCGUUGCGAGUCGGCGCUCGGGAUAUUGCGAUUAGAUAUUCUGGCCGGGUCAUAAUCUGUGCGACGCUGGGAGCGUCGCCUGGUGUACUCCACUACCGUUCUGUUCAUCGCUGGUCGAUAGAUCGGCGCUGCAAGGUUCCAUGACGACAUGAGCCUUUUACCUAAUUGAGAAUUCCUCUCGGCA